AUGCCCAAGUUCUUCUGCGAUUACUGCGAUGUGUACCUCACGCACGACUCCAUGAGCGUGCGCAAGGCGCAUAACAGCGGUCGAAACCACCUGCGCAACGUAGUCGACUACUACCAACAAAUCGGUCACGAAAAGGCCCAGUCCGUCAUCGACUCCAUCACCUCCUCCUACGCCGCAGAAGGCCAAGCGCACAACAACCCAAUGCUGCCACAAAACCAGCCCGGAUCCGCCUUCCCGCCGCCCUUCCCCUUCCCAGGAGGUGUCCCCCCUCCCUUCCCCGGCAUGCCCGCCGGCGCACCCCCCUUCCCUCAAGGCAUGAUUCCACCCCCAGGACAAGCAGGCCGCGGAAUGCCGCCCAUGCCCCCCUUCCCCCCGGGCCCCAACGGCUCACCAAUGCCCCCAGGAGGCCUACCGUUCCCCCCGCCCGGCGGUCUCCCAGCCGGUCUCCCCUUCCCGCCCCCGGGCGCGCCGGGCGGUCUGCCCCCCAACUUCCAGUUUCCCGGUAUGCCAGGCGGCGGCGCGUUCCCACCUGGACCUCCUGGUGCCUUUCCGCCCGGUGGUGGACCUCCAGCUCAUCCUGCAAAACCGAGAAACGCGGUCAAGCAAGUUUCGUUCCGAAACGCUGAGUUAAAUGGUAUCUUGACCGCGCGCGUUCAAUCGUUCAUCAAAACCCCGAUUCCCCGUCCCAAAAUCAUUGUCAUCAAUAUCGUCGUCAAAGUCUCAAAUAGUGGGGAAACCUUGUCAUCAAACCCUCCGUCAUCAGCUCCGAAAUCCGCGAAGAAAGCAAUUCUUUGUGUCGUUGACAGGCUUCUGUAG